AUGAGUAUUAAUGAAACUAAUACAAACGGAACAUCAGAUAGUACAAACGAUGCAGCACAAAUGCUUCUUCGUUUAUCUAUUUGGUCAUUACGUAUUGUAUGUCCAUUCAUUAUAUUUUUUUGUCCAAUUUCAAAUUGGGCAUGUAUAAAAAUAUUUCAAUCUCGUAUCUAUGCUCGAUCAUCAUCAAAAUGGUAUUUUAUAUUUAUAGCUAUAUUCGAUACAAUUUACGUUGUUGUUACAGCAUCACUUUUAUUAUUACUAACAUUAGAAAUUUAUAUUCUUAAUAUGCAUGUUUUAUCAUGUAAAAUAAUAAUUUUUUUAAAUUAUUUAUCUUGUCAAAUCUCAGCUGGUUUAUUAGCAUGUUUAUCUAUUGAUCGUCUUGUUGCUACAUCAUGUAUAUCAAUGUAUCGUCAAAAUUGUACAACAAAUUUAUCAAAAAAUGUUUGUUUUGCUGUUAUAAUUAUUUUUUCAAUUGUUAAUUCACAUUAUUUAUUUGGUUAUACAAUUGGUCCAAAAGGUGGAUGUAGUCCAAGACAUUAUAAUUGUGUUUGUCAAAAUAAAACAAAUAUGAAAAAAAAAUAUGAUAUGAAAAAAUCAAUUUUACCAUCAAAUAAUCAACAUAAACAUACAGUAACAAGAAAAUGUUCAGCACAAAUGUCCGAUAAAUCCACAAAAGUAUUUGUAUCGAUUAAUGAUAAUAAAAAAAUGACUAAUCUACUUAAUUCAAAUUCUGAUUGGCAAUCAAAUCAAAUCGAUCCUCUAUCAGAGAAACUAUUAUUAACCGGUGAUCAAUCAGUUAAUUCAAGUGAAACCACAACAACAACAGUCUUAGAACAUGGACAAUUAUCUUUAACUCUAAAACAUGAAAAUUCAAUAUCUACAAGAUGUAUUUCGCCAUCGCCAUCAAAUUCUCAAAAAAUGUGUGUACAAUUUCAAAUAACCAUAAGUUUAUUGGCUAUAUCAAUUUGUUUUAUUCUUUGUACAUUACCAAAUUGUAUAACAACAAUUAUGAUUCAAGCAUAUGCCAAUGAUGAUCAGAAGAGAAAACUAUGGCAAGCUAUGAAUUAUCUUUCUAUUAUUCCAUUAUUAAUAACACAUUCUGUUAAUUUAAUUUUUUAUUAUUUAUCAUCGAAUAUGUUUCGAGAACGUUUUAAAGAAUAUUAUUUGAAAAAAUAA